AUGGCCGCGGAGGGAGACAAGAGGAAGCGCUUUAUUUCAUCCACGGCUGCUAACUACUUCGGACUGGAUCCAGCAGUGGGUCCCGCUGCCGUGGCCGCGGGGUUGCAUUCCCGUCCGGAGCUGACCAACUUCCUCGACGACGGGAGCGAGUUCCUCCUCGUUGUGCAGCACUCGGGCAACCAGCUCACGGCAUCCAACAAGAUUGAAGCUACUGAUGGAAAGAAUAAUGUUUUGGUGUUCUUUAAGCUGCGACCUGAUGUAAUUACAGAAGAUAAUCUUCAUAGUAAUAUUCUUGUGUCAUCUAUGCUAGAUUCACCAAUUAACACUCUUUAUCAAGCUGUACGACAAGUUUUUGCACCAGUAUUACUGAAGGAUGAGAGAUGGAGUAAAACAUUUGAUCCCAAACUCCAGAAACUUUUAAGUGAGCUUGAAGCUGGCUUGGGUACUCUUCUCAGAAGAUCAGACCCUAAUUACACAGGAACAAAAUUCAGUGAAGAUGAUGUGCGAGCUAUACUUACACCAACAGAUGAAUUUCAGUUUUGGAUAGAAUGUGCUCGUCAUGGAAGUAAAUGGUGUAGUAAAGAGAGAGCUUCCCAUUUUAAAGACCUUUUUGAGGAGAUUGCAAACGAUUAUUACAACUUGGAUAGUCUCUCAUUAUUUGAAGUUGUGGAUUUGGUGGAGACUACCAAGGAUACUGUUGAUAGUGUAUGGAGACAAACAGAACAUGAUCCUUACCCACAGCCACGCAUGUGUAAUCUCCUGGAUGUAAUAGGUGGCUCGCUAGGUAGAUAUGUUCAGAGAAAACUAGCAGCUUUGAAUUUGUGGGAGGAUGCUUUUCACAGUGUUAAAGAAAAUCUAAAGGCUGGCAUCUUGAUUUGUGAGCAGUGGGUGUCAGCUUGUGAGUACCUAACUGGACAACUGUGGCAACGUUAUACUCUACAUCCAUGGAAAAAUGAGAAAUAUUUCCCUGAAUCGUUAGCCAAACUUGGCAAACGUCUUGAUGAGGUGCUAACUGUUAGAACACUACAUGAAAAACUUACAUUCUUUUUGCCAGUUGGAGAACAAAAUGCUUUACAUCUUGCCCAAGUGUUUGAACCCUUUGCUGGCCUAAGUCCUGUACACUAUAAUCCUUACACAGAGCCAUUGUGGAAAGCAGCAGUCUCUCAGUAUGAAAGAAUUAUUGCACCAACAGAACAAAAAAUAGCAAGCAAAUUGAAGAAAUUUAUUACAGAAAUUCAGGACAGUCCUCAGCAGCUUCUUCAAACAUUUCAGAAAUAUAAAGAAUUGAUAAAGCAUCCAAAUAUAAGCAAAGAAUUGCUUUUUGAAAGGGAAACACUGCUAGCAAGACUUCAAGACUAUGUCAAAGACUAUCAGACAGACUUUGAAACUCGAUGCCAUGGUGUUCCUGGUGAUGUUUCUGGACCACUGUCAGGCAAAAACCUUUCUGAAGUUGUCAAUAAUAUUGUAUGGGUACGGCAGCUGGAGCUGAAGGUGGAUGACACUAUCAAGCUGGCAGAGGCUCUUCUGUCUGAUUUACCUGGCUUUCAAACUUUUCAUCGAAGUGCAGAUUCUUUUCUGGAACAGUUAAAAGUAUAUGAACAAGAACAAUUUGGUGAUUGGUCUAGGAAUAUCCAGUCAGAAUUAUCAAAUCCCAAGUCAGGACUUUGCAUCCAAGCUAAUAGUCCUGUAAUGGAGUUGGAUCAUGUUUUUGGAACAUUAAACAUACUUUAUUCAGAUCGUUUGGUGACUCUCCUAAGAGAAGUACGUCAGCUAUCAGCACUUGGUUUUGCUAUACCAGCUAAAAUACAGCAUGUUGCAAACACUGCGCAAAAGUUCUGUAAGCAGGCGGUCAUCCUCAAACAGGUGGCGCAUUUUUAUAAUUCUAUUGAUCAACAAAUGAUUGAGAGUCAGAAGCCGAUGAUGUUACAAUCUGCUCUAGCAUUUGAACAGAUAAUUAAGCAUUCAAAAUCUGGUCCUGGAGGAAAAGCUCAAAUAACAUGGGAUAAUCCUAGAGAAUUGGAAGCUUAUAUCCAAAAACUCCAAGCUGCUGCUGAACGGCUUUCCACUGAAAAUAGAAAACUAAGAAAGUGGCACACAAACUUCAUUGAAAAGGUUAUAUCGCUCAUGAAUAUUGAUCUACUUCGGCAGCAGCAGCGUUGGAAAGAUGGACUCCAGGAGCUCAGAACUGUUUUUGCCAGCCUCGAGUCACAGGGUUUCAAAUCAUGUGAUAUGAAAGCUUGGAGGCAGCACUGGAAUCAUCAACUUUACAAAGCUCUGGAACAUCAGUAUCAAAUGGGCUUAGAAGCACUUAAUGAGAAUUUACCAGAAAUAAAUAUCGAUCUAACAUUCAAGCAAGGCAGGUUGCAAUUCAGACCUCCUUUUGAAGAACUUCGAGCUAGAUAUUAUAGAGAAAUGAAGAGAUUCAUCUCCAUUCCAAAUCAGUUUAGGGGAGUAAGUGAAGCAGAAGAAGAGUCUAUAUUCACUGUUAUGACUGAAAGAAAUGCAAGUGGAUUUCUGACUGCUUUCAGUAAAGCAGAGGAUUUGUUCAGAAGGCUGACAGACAUUUGUAAUCUAUUCAAGGAAUGGAUCGUAAUUGGCCAAGUAGAUAUGGAAACUCUGGUGAAGACACAUCUUUCUAGCAAACAGGACUGGGAAAAAAACUUCAAAGCAUUAAAAGUGAGAGGGAAAGAAGCAGAACGUCUUCCAAGCACGAUCAGGAUAGAUUGUUUAACUGUUAAUUGCAACCCUGUGAAAACUGUAAUUGAUGAUUUCAUCCAGAAGUUGUAUGACGUUCUUGUUAUUUCUUUGAGAAAAUCUAUUCAAGCUCAACUAUGUGAUGUUUCUUCAUUUCUCACUGAUGCCAUGGAAACAUUGGUGAUUAGGCCCCAGACUGUAGAGGAAAUAGCAGAAGAUAAUUUAAAAUACUUAAACCUACGCGAACGAAAAGAAGGGAUUUUUCUCCUGUUUCAAGAAGCUGAAGAUAAAAACAAACUUUUGCGAACUGUGGCCGGUGCAGGUUUGGACACUAUCAGUAACCUAAGAGCUACAUGGGAUAAAUUUGAAUUAAUGAUGGAAAGCCACCAGCUUAUGAUUACAGAACAGAUUGAAAUGAUGAAAGGAAAUGUGAUUUCACGUAUUAACAUAUAUCUUCAAGACCUGGAAAAGUUUAAAGCUCGCUGGGAUCAGCUAAAGCCACGUGAUGAUGUCAUUGAAACAGGUGAUCAGGAUGUGCUUGAGAAAAGUGCUCAGAUCAUAAAGGAAAAAAAAAUAGAAUUUAAUGAACUUGAAACUGUGAAAGAAAAGCUCAUUGAAGAAUGCCAUCAUUUUAAAUUGGAAGAGCCUGACUUCUCAUUGUCAAAAGUUGUAUGUCAAGAUAUUAAGAGUUCUGCAGAAGUUUGGGCAUUGUAUGAAGAUUUUUAUCAAGGUUUUCAGGAAAAAGCCAAAGAAGACUGGAUUACAUUUAGGAGUAAAACAUACCUAUUUGAAGAAUUUUUGUUUAGCUGGCAUGACAAAAUGAGGAAGAUGGAAGAGCAUACUGUAAUGACAGUAAAAUUGCAAAAAGAAGUGGACAAAUACAAAAUGAUAAUUCCACUCCUAAAAUAUGUAAGAGGGGAACAUCUUUCUCCAGACCAUUGGCUGGAUCUCUUUCGUCUUCUGGGUCUUCCCCGAGGCACUACACUUGAGGGUUUGUUAUUUGGAGAUCUGCUAAAGGUGACAGAUGCCAUUAUAGAAAAAGCAAUGGAACUUAAGGAUUUGAAUUGUCGGGCCCAAGGUGAAGUCACAAUCAGAGAAGCAUUACGUGAGCUUGAACUCUGGGGAGUUGGAGCUGUCUUUACACUAACAGAUUAUGAAGAUAGCCAAGGCAAGACUAUCAGGCUUAUUAAAGACUGGAAGGACAUAGUCAACCAAGUUGGAGAUCAUCGCUGUCUUCUGCAGUCCCUCAAGGACUCUCCAUAUUACAAAGGUUUUGAAGAUAAAGUGUCCAUGUGGGAAAAAAAGCUGGCUGACUUGGAUGAGUAUCUGCAGAAUUUAAACCAAAUUCAAAGGAAAUGGGUCUACUUGGAACCAAUAUUCGGUCGUGGAGCUCUGCCCAAAGAACAGGCUCGUUUUAACAGAGUUGAUGAAGACUUUAGAUCCAUUAUGUUAGAUAUCAAGAGUGACAAUAGGAUAACAUCACUGAAUGCCCAGACAGGAAUAAGAAAUACAUUAACUACCAUACUUGACCAGCUUCAGAGAUGCCAGAGAUCUUUGAAUGAGUUUUUGGAGGAAAAGCGCUCAGCAUUUCCAAGAUUCUAUUUCAUUGGAGAUGAUGACUUAUUAGAAAUUUUAGGACAGUCCACGAAUCCUCUGGUUAUCCAGUCUCAUCUUAAGAAACUUUUUGCUGGCAUUAACAGUGUGAGCUUUGAUGAAGAAUGUAAAUAUAUAGUUGCCAUGAAGUCUGUAGAAGGAGAAACUGUGCCACUUAGAAAUAAAGUUCUUCUGUCAAGUGAUGUGGAGGUGUGGCUAAACAGUUUGGCUUUGGAGAUGAAGGAGACCCUGAAAAAAAUGUUAAUCGACUGUGUUGAUGCUGGAAAAAAAUCACAAGGUUCAAUUGAUCCAUCGCUCUUUCCUUCCCAGAUUCUUUCCUUGGCAGAACAAAUUCAGUUCACUGAAGAUGUUGAAGGUGCUAUCAAAGACCAUAAUCUACAACAAUUAGAAUUGGAACUCAUGGCUAAACUGGAACAUUAUACUAGCAUUGAUACUAGUACAGAAGAUACUGGGAGUACAGAAUCGGGAAUCCUUGAGCUCAAGCUUAAAGCUCUGAUUCUUGAUAUCAUUCAUAACAUUGAUGUGGUGAAGCAGCUGAAUCAAGCUCAAGUUCACAACAUUGAAGAUUGGGCUUGGAAGAAACAGCUGAGAUUUUAUAUGAAAGACCAAAAAUGUUACAUUCAGAUGGUAGAUGCUGAACUCCAAUAUACUUAUGAAUACCAGGGUAAUUCCCCUAAACUUGUUUAUACACCUUUGACAGAUAAGUGUUACCUAACUCUUACUCAGGCUAUGAAGAUGGGCCUUGGAGGAAAUCCCUAUGGUCCAGCUGGAACUGGAAAGACAGAAUCAGUAAAGGCCUUGGGUGGACUUCUUGGAAGACAAGUAUUAGUCUUUAAUUGUGAUGAGGGCAUUGAUGUGAAGUCGAUGGGGCGCAUAUUUGUGGGCUUAGUGAAGUGUGGUGCCUGGGGCUGUUUUGAUGAAUUCAAUAGACUUGAGGAAGCUGUAUUGUCUGCAGUAUCCAUGCAGAUUCAGACAAUUCAACAUGCAUUGAAGAAACAUAGUCCUGUAUGUGAGAUGCUUGGCAAAAAGGUUGAAAUGGAUCAUAAUUCUGGAAUUUUUAUCACUCUGAAUCCUGCUGGAAAAGGUUAUGGAGGAAGACAAAAACUGCCUGAUAACCUCAAACAACUUUUCAGGCCAGUUGCUAUGACUCAUCCAGACAAUGAACUUAUUGCAGAAGUGAUUUUGUAUUCAGAAGGCUUUAAGGAUGCUAAAAUACUUGGUAGAAAAUUAGUGGCUAUUUUUAAUCUAGCAAGGGAGCUUCUGACACCACAGCAGCACUAUGAUUGGGGUUUACGAGCACUGAAGACUGUUUUGAGAGGGUGUGGCAGUCUUCUUCAUCAGCUGAAGAAAAGUGAAGCAAAGCAAGAAAUUAAUGAAAGUCACAUGGUUGUUCAAGCUCUGCGGCUUAAUACCAUGUCAAAGCUUACAUUUGCAGACUGCGCACGUUUUGAUGCACUGGUUAAAGAUGUAUUUCCUGGCAUUGACUUUAAAGAUGUAGAGUAUGCUGAGUUAACUACAGCUUUACGACAAGUCUUUGAAGAAGCAAACUUGGAAAUUAUAAGCACCCAGAUCAAGAAAGCUUUGGAAUUAUACGAACAACUACGUCAAAGAAUGGGUGUAGUUAUUGUAGGUCCGAGUGGUGGAGGGAAAUCAACACUUUGGCGGAUGUUAAAGACAGCACUUGGUAAAACUGGCAAAGUAGUGAAGCAGUAUACUAUGAAUCCCAAAGCUAUGCCUCGACAUCAAUUGCUAGGCCAUAUUGAUAUGGAUACCAGAGAAUGGUCUGAUGGCGUGCUUACAAAUAGUGCUCGACAAGUAGUACGAGAGCCCCGAGAUGUUACUUCAUGGAUAAUUUGUGAUGGUGAUAUUGAUCCUGAAUGGAUUGAAUCUUUGAAUUCCGUUUUGGAUGACAACAGGUUGUUGACUAUGCCCAGUGGAGAAAGAAUUCAAUUUGGCUCAAAUGUCAACUUUAUAUUUGAAACUCAUGACCUUAGCUGUGCCUCUCCCGCCACAAUAUCUCGCAUGGGAAUGAUCUUUCUGAGUGAUGAAGAACCAGAUCUUAAUUCUCUGAUAAAGUCUUGGCUAAGAAGUCAGCCUGAAGAAUGCAGAUACAACCUUGAAAAUUGGAUUGGGGACUAUUUUGAAAAGGCUUUAAACUGGGUUGUGAAGAAG